AUAAUUGGCGAUGACAUUUGUGAACCAUGUCUCUAAUAUAUAGCUGCUACUUUCUUCAAUAUCUCUCAUCUUCCUUUCACAUUAAUUCUCAUCUUUCUUCUCUUCACAAGUAAGUGAUGGCGCAAAUUCUGCUGCAUGGGACCCUCCAUGCCACAAUCUACGAGGUGGAUAAACUCAAGACUGGAAGUAGUAAUAUUUUAACCAAGCUGGUGCAAAACAUCGAGGAGAAAGUUGGUGUUGGGAAAGGAAUUCCUAAAUUAUAUGCAACCAUUGAUCUAGAGAAGGCACGCGUGGGAAGGACCAGAAUCAUAGAAAAGGAGCACACAAAUCCAAAAUGGUACGAGUCUUUUCACAUUUAUUGUGCUCAUACGGCUUCAAAUAUCAUAUUCACAGUGAAAGAUGAUAAUCCUAUUGGCGCAACCUUAACCGGAAGAGCAUAUGUGCCUGUUGAGGAGAUCUUGGAUGGCAAAGAAAUAGAUAGAUGGGUUGAAAUACUAGAUGAUGAUAAAAAACCAAUACAUUCUCAUUCAAAGAUUCACGUUAAGUUGCAAUACUUUGAUGUUUCAAAAGACCUCAACUGGGGCAAAGGCAUUAGAAGUCCUAAAUUCCCUGGAGUUCCCUACACGUUCUUCUCACAAAGACAAGGAUGUAGGGUUUCUUUGUACCAAGAUGCUCAUGUCCCAGACAACUUUGUCCCUAGAAUACCACUUGUUGGAGGCCAAACAUACCAACCUCAUAGAUGUUGGGAAGAUGUUUUUGAUGCAAUCAAUAACGCACAACACUUGAUAUACAUUACUGGAUGGUCUGUUUACACUGAGAUUACGUUGGUGAGAGAUUCUAAGAGGCCAAAGCCUGGUGGAGAUGCAACACUUGGUGAGCUUCUCAAGAAAAAAGCACGUGAUGGUGUCAGGGUUUUGAUGCUUGUGUGGGACGAUAGAACUUCGGUUCCUUUGUUGAAGAAAGAUGGGUUGAUGGCUACUCAUGAUGAAGACACCGGGAACUACUUCUACGAAAGUGAUGUGCACUGUGUUUUGUGCCCUCGAAAUCCAGAUGAUGGUGAGAGCAAAAUUCAGGAUUUGGAAAUCUCAACCAUGUUUACUCAUCAUCAGAAAAUCGUGGUAGUGGACAGUGCUUUGCCGAAUGGAAUAUCAGAUAAGAGAAGAAUUGUGAGCUUUGUGGGGGGUAUUGAUCUUUGUGAUGGAAGAUAUGACACUCAGUUUCAUUCACUUUUUAGAACAUUAAACACAGUACAUCAUGAUGAUUUUCAUCAGCCUAACUUUUCUGGUACUUCAAUAAAGAAAGGUGGUCCGAGGGAACCUUGGCAUGACAUACACUCAAAACUUGAAGGGCCUAUUGCAUGGGAUGUUUUGUUCAACUUUGAGCAAAGAUGGAAGAAGCAAGGUGGAAAGGACUUGCUUAUUCCACUUAGAGACCUUGAAGAUGUGAUCAUUUCCCCAUCCCCAGUAACAUACCCUGAAGAUCAUGAAACAUGGAAUGUUCAGUUAUUUAGAUCCAUUGAUGGUGGAGCUGCUUUUGGGUUCCCAGAGACUCCUGAAGAGGCUGCAAGAUCUGGACUCGUUAGUGGGAAGGAUAAUAUAAUAGACCGUGGCAUUCAAGAUGCAUAUAUUAAUGCCAUUAGACGUGCCAAAAAUUUCAUCUACAUUGAGAAUCAGUAUUUCCUUGGAAGUUGUUAUGGUUGGAGUGCUGAUGGUAUCAAACCUGAAGACAUUGGUGCUUUGCAUUUGAUCCCGAAGGAGCUUUCACUUAAGAUUGUUAGUAAGAUUGAAGGUGGAGAAAGGUUUAGUGUGUAUGUUGUGGUUCCAAUGUGGCCAGAGGGUUACCCUGAGAAAGGUACAGUUCAGGCAAUAUUGGACUGGCAGAGGAGAACAAUGGAUAUGAUGUACAAGGAUGUUGUUGGAGCACUAAAGGCCAAGGGAAUUGAUGAAGAUCCUAGGAACUAUUUGACAUUCUUCUGCCUUGGGAAUCGGGAGCUCAAGAAACCAGAAGAGUAUGAGCCUCCAGAAAGACCUGAUCCUGAUACAGAUUAUAUGAGAGCCCAAGAGUCUCGACGCUUCAUGAUUUAUGUUCAUGCAAAAAUGAUGAUAGUUGAUGAUGAAUACAUAAUCAUUGGAUCUGCUAACAUAAACCAGAGAUCGAUGGAUGGUGCAAGAGACUCAGAGAUUGCAAUGGGUGCUUAUCAACCCUAUCAUUUGGCUACAAGGCAACCAGCAAGAGGUCAAAUCCAUGGUUUUCGUAUGUCAUUGUGGUAUGAGCACCUUGGCUUGCUUGAUGACUCAUUCCUCCACCCUGAAAGUGAAGAAUGCAUUAAGAAGGUGAACCAGAUUGGUGACAAGUAUUGGGAUCUCUACACAACAGAGCCACUUGAGCAAGACCUUCCUGGCCACCUGCUUCGGUAUCCAAUUGCGAUUUCCAGUGAAGGAAGUGUGACACAAUUGCAAGGAUUUGAAUUCUUCCCUGACACCAAGGCUCCUGUUCUUGGGGCCAAAUCUGACUAUAUGCCACCUAUCCUUACUACUUAGUCUCAUCAUGUAUUGCAUGUAUUGCUUUGUUAGUGGAAUCUAUGUAGUGUUUGUGAUGUUAAUGAGAGAGUGAGCAAUAAUUGUAUUAAUGAUGGUCCUGUCACCUAUGAAGAUGAUUUUUUUCUUCUUCUUUUUACUAACAUGGCAUGCUAGAUUUUUGCAAUCCCAUGUUAUGGUCGUUGUCGUAUUGCAUGACUUAAAAUGAUUUCUUAACGAUGGUUCUUUCUGGA